AUGUCUCCUCUCAUUGCAGACAAGCCACUUCUUGGCCCUCUACUUGGCCUCAACACCUGGACCUUUGCCAUGGAAGCACUACUCUACAUCCGCAGAACCCCAGCACUUUCCAAGUACAACGUCAGCUUCGACCCUGCUAUUGUCAAAAAAGAAAAGGCCGAAAAACUACCUCCUUACGUACAGUGGCCAGCAGACAACUUCAACAACUUGCUCGAGCAACCUACCCAGUUCUAUGCAGUACUGCUUGGGUUGACCUUCUUGGGCGUCAAGGACAAGAUUACUGUCCGUAUGGCAUGGGGAUACGUCGGUUUGAGAUUCCUCCACAGCAUGAUCCAUGUAACGACCAACAACGUGCUAUUGCGCUUCCCAGCCUUUGCAGCUAGUUCAGCUGUGCUUUUGGGACUGACGGCUAAGGCGGCCUGGGAGCUUCUCUUCUAG